CCAACCCAAUACACACUUCCCUCGUCGUCUUCCCCAUGAUUUUCUCAAUCGCAAGCUAUUUACUAGUUUGAGUUUGCAUCUAAUCCUCCAUAACACGAGGGCCCUAAACGGUUUGGUUUCUUAGGAAGGAGACACUGGAGUACUAUAUAUGCAAAGAUGGACCAGCCAAAUCCUAAUAACAACUUUGAUAGCUCUGGAGACAUCCCUUUGAAGCGCAAACGUGGUCGUCCAAGGAAAUAUCCAAAACCAUAUGCGGAAGAGAAUGCCCAUAUCCUAAAUAUUCAGAAUGUAAACCAGAAUCCAGUUGGUGGAGGAAAUGCCAGUGUUCCUCCAGGGUUUGACAGGGUUAAUGGAAGUCAGCCCCAUCGAAGGGACAUUGGAAAUGAUUUGAAUGAUCCCAUGGUUGGUCAGGUGGUUUCUUGUGUAAUUGAGGCAGUAUUUGAUGCUGGAUAUCUGCUUAGUGCUAAAGUUGGUAAUUCCAAUACCACUUUAAGGGGUCUUGUCCUAAAGCCUGGACAUUAUGCCCCUCUUUCAGCUGAAAAUGAUGUGGCCCCAGGUGUUCCCAUGAUCCAAAGAAAUGAGGUUCCCUUCUCCGGAGGAGCUAAUGUGAAGAAACCUCACCGAAGAGAAAGAAAUAAACAUUACGUCAAUAUCCAUAGAAAUGCGGGUCAUACAAUGAAAGGAUCACCCUCUUUCAGUCAGUCAUCUAGAGGAGCGGUUAGCUCCAGUGGUUUGGUUGCAUCUCAAGGAAAGAAUCAGCAGUCAAUGGAAAGACAAACUAAUUCUCUACUAUCUAGAGGUAAUGUGGUCCCUGUUAAGCUCCAACCUGUUAAUUUACAAAAUGGGGUUAUGGUUUCUAAUCAACCUUCUCAAGCCAUGACCCAAGCAUCUCUUGGAAGCACACCAAUUGUUGCCAAAGAUAUUCUUGCCGAUGGAAACCAAAUGCAGAUUUCUCAAGCUCUAACUAGCCAGAAUUUGUUGCCAAGAGGGACGCAAAAUGAAAAUGGUUCGCCCAAUCUAUCUUCAGCUGAGGUUCAAAGAGUGGAGGCCAACUCAAUGAGACAGCCCGGCAUGCCUUUUGAGAAUCUGGUUACUGAGGUUGUUAGGAGAGUCGAAGCACCAUCUGAAUCCAUAGAUACUGAUACUAACAACAGCAAGUCAGUAGAAAACAUUUCUAUAAAGGAUUCUGGCAGUGGGCAGGAAGAGAAAGUUAGUGAUGUGGGUCAGCCACUUUUGAUAAAGCCUUUACAAGCUGUACAAACCGUUUCUCAGGAGCAUUCUGCGUCUGCUUCCGGAUCUUCUGGAAAUAGUGAAGCAGGCAAAAUGAUCGACCAACCACAGGUUUUGCAGGGUAACAGAAUUGAGAAACAGCCACUCCAAGCAGAAGAACUAGCGUCUGGAAACAAGUUGGAUGGCAAUUUUAAAGCCGAACCUGAUGAAAAAACUGGUCAAGCAGCAUAACUCACGAUUUUAAACUUUCAAUUGGCAGGUUGAUAAUGUUGCCAUUAUCAGCUAUUGCCACGGUAUAUUCAUUGAUUGUAAAAGUAGGCCAUCCAGGAUAUAUCUAUAUACUUAGGGAUUGAAGGAUUUGUUCUCAAAUCUUGAGGAUAUUGGCUGGGGUUUAGCCUGCAUGCCUUGUCAUGUUUGUCGAGAGAACUUGAUAGUGAGCUAGUUUCCUUACAAGGCCUUUGAUAUGUAAAAUUUUGUUGUGUAUUGAAACCAAUUGUACGAAUAGUACCAUCCUAUUUUUGUGGUUUUUUUAAUGUUAUUUUUAUUCUUAAA